CACCAUCUUAUUGGAUACUUGGUCUAGAGAAAUUUUUUGUGUAGAAAAUUUUAUUUCUUUGAUUUUGGGGAAACCUUUUUAAGAUUGGUUUUGAAUGAGAGAAUGAAAGUGUAAGAAUCUAGAUAGUAAACUAGAGAGAAUGAAGCAGCAAUCCAAGGACCCAUUCGAAGCGGCGUUUGAGGAGCAAGAAGACUCGCCGCCAGAUUCUCCCGCGGCUCCUGAUGCCGCACGCACCGCUCCCGACACCCAAGAAGACGAUGACCCUCUUCUUCCUCCUCCUGGCUCCAAAGACCCAUCUUCCUCAGCCACGCCAUUAGCGGCACCGCCACCACCACCACCAACAACAGCAGUAACUACAGCAAGAACAACACCUGCUGCUACUACAGCUGCGCCCUCUACCUCUGCUCGGGCCGUAGUCAAGCACAACAAAGAUGAUGACGACGACGAAGAUGAAGAGAACAUGGAUGUUGAGCUCGGAAAGUUCUCUGCCACUGGCGACCCUGACAAAAUGGCCAAGAUGCAGGCUAUCUUAUCACGAUUCUCGGAGGAACAGAUGAGUAGGUACGAGUCAUUUCGGAGAGCUGGGUUUCAGAAAUCCAACAUGAAAAGGUUGUUAGGUAGCAUCAGUGGAACUCCAAAAAUUUCUAUGCCUAUGACAAUUGUAGUGUCAGGGAUAGCAAAGAUGUUUGUUGGUGAACUGGUUGAAACAGCCAGAAUAGUUAUGACAGAGAGGAAAGAAUCUGGGCCAAUCAGGCCAUGCCACAUUAGAGAAGCAUAUAGAAGAUUGAAGCUUGAAGGGAAGGUACCAAAGAGAUCCAUGUCCAGGCUCUUCCGGUAGAUGGACCAGAUUCAUUUUAUGUAUCUACUUGGACAGGCCCGCUGAUCUGUAAGUUGGAGUUGGGAUGCAGUACAUCGUCUACCCAUAUGCUUAAAGGCCAUAGCUAUUUCAACCCAAGGAGAGAACCAUACUUCGUAAAGUAUCUUCGACUUCGAUCACGUUAGGAGACAUUGAAGGGUUCAAAUCACAGCCCUGCAGGCUUGUGCUGCCAGCUCUGUGUUUUAUUUUACCCUGUAAAAUUGGAAUAAACAGAAGACUGCCCCUUGAUUGAUUGUGACCCAAGAUAACUUAUGCUUGUUAUUUGCCGCCCAUGUGCAAUUUUUGUCUCAACCAAGCCAAGAAUUGCAUGUACUUUUCGGACUUUUAGAUUCCAACUUAUAAUGUCAGACUCAUAUGGAUCCUAAUAUUCAAUUGAUGAUACUUGAAUA